AUGAGCCAGUACGAAGUUCGCGAAGGAAUUAUCUUCCUCAUAGAGCUCACCCCUACCAUUCUCGAGCCGCUGGCGGAUCUCCUGGGAAAGUCCAUCCUCUUCGAGAUCCUUUCAUCCAUCAACGAUCUCAUGUCUGAAUUGAUCAUAUCCAUGAAAAGCACAGGAGUUGGAAUUUAUUUUUACAAUUGCGAUGAAACCGCAGUUGAGCCACUCAAGCUGAUGAAGGUGCCUGGCUUCCAGAAAUUGUUCAGACUCAACCAGUUGAACCUUACCAACAUGAAGAUACUCAACGAUAUGAUCACGGAUGAAGCACAGGGAGUCAGGCCGCUCAGUCACUUUUUUAAGGCAUCAGAGCCGUCCCAAACUCCCACAAGUCUUCCAAGUGUGCUCACGAAAACCCUCGACGAAUUCAUGGAUAAGAAGUACUUCAACCGCAGGAAGCUCAUCUGGCUCACGUCCAACGACAAGCCGUUCACCAAGACUUCGUCUAAGGAGAGUCUUUGGCGGAUUGUCAACGAUUUCUACAAUUAUGGCUACUUUAUCUUGCCGAUGUUUUUGGGGCAGAAUUUCGAUGUGAAAUGUUAUCGAGACGUCUUUAUCAAUACGAACUUCUUGACUGAGCAUUCUCCCGCGUCACAAAACCCUGCCGGUGAUACUGCCGACAACCAGGAGCCAAAGAGUCUGGGACUCAGUGCCACUGGAAGGGGUUUCCGUGCACAGUCCAAGGUCUUUUCCACCACAUUGGCGAGCCAGAUUCGAACCAAUAUCUACAGGGUGAAAGAAAUCAGAAGAAUGCAGUUUGCAUGUGAUUUGAUUCUCAGUGAUGGUCCUGCUGGAGCUGGUCUUGGCUGUACCAUCAAGGGCUACACCAUUUACUCUCCUGAGAAAAUAAAAAAAGAUCUCUUGCUCUACACCGGAGAAGAGACCCUCAAAAGAGUAUUUACAGAGUCAAAAGUGGUAGGCCAAGGAGGGGUCACAGUGGAGGAUAAAAACGUCAGGAAAGGGUACGAAAUUGGAGGAGGACAGGUGCUUUAUUUGGACGAAGACCAGCAAAAUUACAUCAAAGGACAUAUUUUCGAUCAUGAACCCAAGCACAUUGCAGUGAAAGAAGACCUCGAGGUGGUUGUCGAUGAAGAUGAAUCUUCUGGUGACGAAGAGGCCGAACCUGUACCAAGUAUCUCCAAUCCUCCUUAUCUCAAACUAUUGGGCUUUCGGGCACUUUCCUCGAUUCAGCCGGCUUAUAAUUCUACACCACCGAUAUUCAUUACCCCAGACCUCACCAAUGGUCUCAAAUCAUCUGGCUCUGCCGGCUACAAUAAUUCGUUUAGCACAUUUUCGUCGCUAUACCAGUCCUGCGUUAAACUCUCUAAGAUGGCUAUUGUAUUCGGAUGCACCAAAAAAAAUUCCAAGCCUUCGUUGUUUGCCUUGUAUCCUACCAAAACUGUCAACGCAUCUAGAAACGUUCCAGGAGAAGACGAGUUGCCAGAAGGGUUUUUGCUCAUAAGGUUGCCAUGGUUGGAGGAUGUCAGAUCAUUGCCAAAUUACUAUUGCACAAAGGCCAAUGACGAUGAGUCCGCCGUUCAAGAGGCGCCAGCAUCUCUUAUAAAUUCCUACAAGGAACUUCUCAGCCAGUUCUUUUACAAGCACUACAAUCCACGUGAUUUCAGCAAUCCCACCUUGAAUUACUUCUACAAAGUGAUCAAGCACGAUCUCUUGCAGAUAUCGCUUCCUGAAAGUGAGAAGUCUGUUCUUAAAAAUGAUAUUACCUCCAUGAAAUUAGGACAAUUACGAGCAUUUUUGAACGAGGGCCCACGAGGCGAUUUAAUUGCUAAGCUCAAUGAGUCUUUGAACGAGCUCGAGCAAACUUUGCCCAAGAAAGAGGUGGUUGAGCCUGCUGCUAAGAGACCCAAGGUUGAUGCGCCUGCUUUGGAUGAAGGAGCAGUUCUUACUGCUUGGAAAAAUGACCAGUGGGGUCACUUCACCGUAGUCCAACUAAAAGGAUUUCAAAGAGCAUAUAAGGAUGAAAUCAAGGGAGCCACAAAGAAGGCGGAUCUUAUUGAGAACAUUAAAAGCUUUUUAGAUAACAGAGCAAAGAGACAAUAA